AUGGCGACAGCGACGGAAAUAACUCCCCAAAAGGCCCUAGAAUUGUACAGAAAUGCAUUAAAUUUCAACGUCAUAAAUAGAUAUGACCCAUCUAUAAAACAACUUCUAUACCACACUUCGCACUGUGUGAUAUACAAGUUUGAAGAUGAAACAGAAGAAUGGAUAAAGUCAGACUACCAGGGUAGUUUAGCGUUAUAUCUCCGAGAUUUUAAACUACCACAACAAAAUAACCAAACCCAAAUACUGUUUCAAGACUUACAAAGUCUAUUCUGCUAUGGAUUGAUGCUCUUCAAUAGAAAUAAGCCUGAGUGCUUCUCUUUGGGAUUUUUACCAAAUAAUAUCACCAAACAUUUUUUGCCUCAAGGAUUAGGAGGAAAUGGUAUAGAUGAAAUGAAUGUAGAAUUGAACGAUAAUUUAAUAAUAGUCAAGAACUUACUAGGUGAGAUAUAUGGGUUAUGGGUAUUUAAUGAGGCCGACAGAAUGAAAUUGUUCAAAUUGUUAGAGUUUUGCUUGAAGAAUAGUGAUGUAUAA